AGUAAACACACUGUACACUCUAGAUAAAAUGACAAUGUAAUGCUAUGUAGUCGAACGUGUCUUGACCUGAUACAACAAUUAGCCAUAGUGCAUUGUCAAAUUACAAGAAUAUGCGUUUUUUAAGUGUACUUCUUGGUGUUUUGGUGCUGUUGAUUGAUGUAGCCUCUCUGGAUCCCAUUUGCUGCACGCAGGACCAAUGGGAGGGAAUACUCUUAGUGGACGAGGGCAUGGUUUUCAUAGACGCCGUACCGCGUGGUGAUAUUAAUCUACCUGGGGGAGGGAGGACACGGCCAGAAACAGCUUGGGCAGUGAUAAAUACAACAGCAGACGUGUCCUAUGACUACACCAACAAGAGAACAAAACUGGUUCUUACAGCAGUUACACAAAGUCCACUUAUUCCCCGGCCUGGGAAACAGACUGUCACCUAUAUAAAUGACUAUGUUAAGCAUGUAUCGUACCAGAUCGAUGAUAGUGAUGGCUGUCAAAAGUCACAGAUAGACAACAUGACGAAACAAUGUGUUCCAGGUGAUGCCUUAUUUGAGGGGAGUGCAACACUAGGGACAGAGGGUGCAGCACUACCAGUGGAUAUCUACUCCUACGUCAUGCCUGGGCUGAACUUUCAAACUAGAGCUACUGUUUCAAAGUCAAAAUCUCAAUGUAUCCCUAUAAGUAUGCAACUAGUGGCAGGGGGAGUUGAAGCUGACAGUGGGACGAUUUGGAACGUUGAAGCUCACAACAUAACUGCUGGAAUAAAGGAUCCGAGUGUUUUUGAAGUUCCUGCAAAAUGCAAUCAUGUAAAACAGAUACCAAAAAGAAUGGUUAGAAAUAAUCUGCAUGGAACGUUGCAGAAAUUACAUCACAUUUUCAAAUAACUUCUUGAAGAUACUCUUCAUAUCAAAAUGGCCCAUCCAACCAUAAUGGCUAGUGCUCUCCAUAAUUCAAGGUUGGAGAUUUCACGAUUGAAGAACUCAAUGACUUGGCUAUAAAUUUGAUUAAUUUUUACAUUUACAUAGCAAUGGUAUCCGCACAACAGUGUUUAAUUGCUUUGGUUCGAGGCAUUUUGUCUCUCCCAACACCUCAAUAAUCAUUCGUUAUGAAGCUUUUUCGUCAAAAUGCUACGUAACGAAGCAAUUAAAUCUGCUGUUUAACUCUAACUAUUGUUAUGGAAUUGUUAUUUUUGCAUCGAUAAACGAUUACAAUCAAAUAUGUUGCAAAAGGACACUUUGUAGGACAAAUGGAUCUGCAUACUUUGCUUACAAUACACGUGUAAAUAAAAUGUUGUGAUGUUACGUUAAA